UUUUGGACAAUUAUCUCCAGACAAGCAAGGGCGGAGGACUGAAACUGAAAGGAAAUGGGGGAAAAACUGGACGAUGAAGACGAAAUCUUGAAGCAAGUAUUUGGCGAUUCUUCGGAUGACGAAGAUUUCGAAGAUCAAACCUUAAUGAAUGAUGGAUCAUAUGAAGUGGGUCACAUUCAUCAAUGGGAGCAGGUCAAGGAAAUCAAAGGCUUGUGGCUCUGCAAAAUCUUCCUCUCUCCCCAACAACAAUCAUCGCUUCUCUCCGCAAUCCGAAAUGAAGGGUGGUUCAUGGAAGCCUCUCAAAAUCAGGCCAUGAGGUUUGGAAACCUUCCAACAUGGGCUGUUGAACUUUCAGAUUUUGUUUAUGAGGCAGUGCUUUCAAGUAACCACAUGACAGAUACUUUGACUGUGGAUCGCUAUAAUGGAGAUAAGAUUGAUUGUCCUCUUCCAUCACAUAUUUUGUGGAGAGAACCACUCUUUGAUCAAAUGAUAGCUAAUGUGUAUCAACCAGGUGAGGGAAUCUGUGCACAUGUCGACCUUAUGCGUUUCGAAGAUGGAAUUGCCAUUGUCUCCCUCGAGUCACCAUGCGUGAUGCAUUUUACCCGAGUUGAUGAAACUUCGUGUGAUCCUUCAAUCAAGGGAGAAGUCGAUUUAUCAGCAACAAAGGUGCCCGUGUAUCUAAACCCAGGUUCUCUUGUUAUAUUGUGGGGUGAAGCCCGCUACCUCUGGAAGCAUGAAAUAAAUCGUAAGCCUGGGUUUCAAAUAUGGGAAGGCCAGGAACUUACUCAGGGGAGGCGAACUUCUAUUACACUGAGAAAGCUCUGUCAUGUUGAAUAGGAAGUUCACAGAUUGGAGAUGCAUUUUGUUCCAUGUUCAUGCUUUGUCGUGUUCAACUGAAUGAACCAUUCGCUAUUAUUUGGCUAGAAUAUCUUCAAGUCACUGUUCUUGAUCUUGAAAAGGAGAAAUUAGACAAGGAUGCAGAUAUUUCUAUACAUGGAAUAGUUCCAUGAUUGAUAAAAGAAUAUGAAGGUCCAACCUGUUGAAUAAGAAUCUGACUUCAAUAUAAGCAACUUGGUUCCAUCUCCCCAGAGAGGAGGGGAAAAAUUCAAGGAGAUAAGGGAGUGGAGGGUAAAGAGAGCUGAAGAAAAAAGAGAAGGAUGGUAAAGAGAAUCAAGAACAUCUAUUAACUGUUGGGUUUAGGUAAUGUUGAAUUAUAGUUUUAGUUUCUAGACUUCUAUAUAGUUUUGUGUUUUUAAAAAGUUUUACCAAUGCUCAUAAGUUUGUAAUUUCAGUUUUAUUAAGUUCUUACUUUCUUAUUAUCAAUAUCAUUAUUAAAUGUUGAGGGAGUGUUUCAUUUGAAA